AUGGAGGUGGAAUGCGCGAGUUCGUAUGGAGCCGUAUCGGCUGGGACGCCCUCCCAGUGCCAUUGCCAUGUCGUGCUGUCGGCAACAAGGAUUGUGAGUGAGGUGGCAUUGGCAUGCUCGUUUCCUAUUCUUACUGCAUUUGUCUUCGGGAGCACUGAUUCGCCCUCAUCCCUCCUUCUACCCUCAUCCCUCCCUCUACUCUCAUCCUUUCUCUACCCUCAUCCCCGCCGCGCCCUCAUCCCCCCUGCGCGCUCAUCCCCCCAGCCCCCCACCCCUCCCCCGCCUCCCUUUUCCUUUCAGAGGGCAAGCGUGGCGUUUGAGGCGAAUGCGCGCAGGGAGGAGGGGAGGGCCAGCAAGCACGAUCUGAUACGUCUCCCCACCCCCCCCCUUCUCAACCCCUUCCCCCUUUCCUCCCCCUCCUCCCUUUCUCCCCCAGAGGGCGAACGAGGCGAUGCAGGGUGUGAGUGGUAUUUGAGGCGAAUGCGCGCAAGAGGGAGGAGAGGGCGAGCAAGCAGCACGAGACCGAGUUUUGAGGCGUCUCAAAGAACGAGGCAAUGCAGCGCGGGGCGGGUGUGGCGUUUGAGGCGAAUGCGCGUUCGCCUCAAACAGCAAGCUUGGAGGAGCUUGGAGGAGGAGAGGGCCAGCAAGCAGCACGAGAUCGACUUGCUCAUGGAGGAGGAGCUCGCAUCGAACACACCCAGGUGUGAUGCGAUGCGUGUGGAGCGGUGGGAAGUGAAUUGUACCUCGUCGUUCUUCCCCCUUCCCAUCAUUCCCCCUUUGCCCGUCCCCCCUUGCCCUUCCUCCUUUGCUGUCCACCCUUUUUCUUUUCCCCCCUUUCCCCUUCCUCUUUUGUCCGUCCCCCUUUGCCCGUCCCCCUUUGCGCAUCCCCCUUUGCCCAUCCCCCUUUGUCCGUCCCCCUUUGCCCGUCCCCCUUUGCCCAUCCCCCUUUGCCCGUCCCCCUUUGCCCAUCCCCCUUUGCCCGUCCCUUUUUGUCCUUCCCCUUUGCCCGUCCCCCUUUGCCCAUCCCCCUUUGUGCGUCCCUUUUUGCCCUUCCCCUCUCACCAUUUCUCCUUUGCCCGUCCCCCUUUGCCCAUCCCCCUUUGCCCGUCCCUUUUUGCCCUUCCCCUUUCACCCUUUUUCCUUUGCCCUUCCCCCUUCCUCCUUCCCUGCUCGUGUGACCAGCAUCUCUCUGCUGCUAUUGCUGCUGCUGCUGCUGCUGCUGCUGCUUCGCCCCCUUUUCCCUGCUUCUGCCACUGCCCUGCUUCUGCCGCUGCUGUUGCUGCCGCUGCUGGUGGUGAAAGCUUGUUUGGGGAAGAGAACACUACCUCAGCUACAGGAGAAUCAACCACAGCAAAGGAGAAGGGGGGUGCUGUGCGGGGGGUGCACUGCUUAGCAUCAGCAUCAGGAUCAGCAUCCUGCAGAGCAGACCAUGCUAUGAGCGGGCAUGAGAGUGGGCGGGUGGGACCAAACAUGCUAUCAGCGGGCAUGACAGUGGGCGGUGCUGUCAGUGGUAAACAGAUGGGCAUGACAGUGGGCGGUGCUGUCAGUGGUAAACAGGUGGGCAUGACAGUGGGCGGUGCUGUCAGUGGUAAACAGGUGGGCAUGACAGUGGGCGGUGCUGUCAGUGGUAAACAGGUGGGCAUGACAGUGGGCGGUGCUGUCAGUGGUAAACAGGUGGGCAUGACAGUGGGCGGUGCUGUCAGUGGUAAACAGGUGGGCAUGACAGUGGGCGGUGCUGUCAGUGGUAAACAAGUGGGCUGCGGAGCGUAUGCGCUGCUGCAUGGACGCACUCUGCCCAAGGCGCCCUUCGCCAUCGGAGCAGAGGCACUCUGCUCAAGGCGCCCUUCGCCAUCGGAGAAGAGGCACUCUGCUCAAGGCGCCCUUCGCCAUCGGAGCAGAGGCACUCUGCUCAAGGCGCCCUUCGCCAUCGGAGCAGAGGCACUCUGCUCAAGGCGCCCUUCGCCAUCGGAGCAGAGGCACUCUGCUCAAGGCGCCCUUCGCCAUCGGAGCAGAGGCACUCUGCUCAAGGCGCCCUUCGCCAUCGGAGCAGAGGCACUCUGCUCAAGGCGCCCUUCGCCAUCGGAGCAGAGGCACUCUGCUCAAGGCGCCCUUCGCCAUCGGAGCAGAGGCACUCUGCUCAAGGCGCCCUUCGCCAUCGGAGCAGAGGCACUCUGCUCAAGGCGCCCUUCGCCAUCGGAGCAGAGGCACUCUGCUCAAGGCGCCCUUCGCCAUCGGAGCAGAGGCACUCUGCUCAAGGCGCCCUUCGCCAUCGGAGCAGAGGCACUCUGCUCAAGGCGCCCUUCGCCAUCGGAGCAGAGGCACUCUGCUCAAGGUGCCCUUCGCCUUCAAAAAGGGUCUGAGCAGAGGAAGGAGGCUGAGGUGGGGCAGUGUGCUGUGCGCUGCGGCACAGAGAGCAGAUAUGAUGGGAAAUGCUACCCCCUUUUGUGCCCUUUGAUUGAGCUGCUGUUUCUGUGCCCAUUGCUCCUCCUGACGCAUUUCCCUCUCUGCCUGUCUGCUUGUCCUGCCAAGGACAGUGGCUUUGUGGUGAAGGCACUGUGCCUCGCCAUGCCUCGGCACGGGGCGUCGUGCGCAUUGGAGCCGCCGUGUGCCCUGCGUCCUGUGCACACAUUUCCCUUGUCUCGCUGCCCGCAUACCUGUCCUGCCAGGCUCGAGACGGGGCGAGAGGGGGAUGUGUGCGCACCAGUGCGGUGUGCCCUGCGUCCUGCGCUGGGCUGCUUCCCUUCACCGCCUCACCUGACCUCUUUUCCCCUGCCUGCCCAUGGCAGCGGGGCCUUUGUGGUGAAAGCGGGGUCACUCGCCAUGGCUCGAGACGGGUCGAGAGGGGGAUGCGUGCAUACCGCAUGGGUGCUGUGUGCCCUGCGUCCCGUGUUGGGCUACUUCCCUUCACAGCCUCCCGCCCGCACGUCCUGUCCUGCCAGGCCUUUGUGGCAUCACCGCAUUCCCCCAUUCAGGCAUCACCGCAUUCCCUCAUUCAUGCAUCACCGCAUUCCCUCAUUCAUGCAUCACCGCAUUCCCUCAUUCAGGCAUCACCGCAUUCCCCCAUUCAUGCAUCACCGCAUUCCCUCAUUCAGGCAUCACCGCAUUCAUACCAAUACAUCGCUGAGCAAGGAGGCAGAGGAAACGUCCUGCCAGGAAACAUCAGAGGUGGAUGCAGCACGAGAAGAAUCAGCUGCUGGCAUUUCACAGGCUGUGCCGCAGGAAGAGAAGUGA